GGAAUUACUGGAACGCGGCUUCUUUUGUUACAUCAUCAUCCUACCUUCACUUCUCCACCUUCCAAGGGGAAACCAGCGCAGACAUCUCUUUCUAUUUCAAAACAUCGGCCUCGGAUGGGGUGUUUCUUGAGAAUCUGGGCAACACUGACUUCAUCAAACUGGAGCUGAAAUCUGCUACGGAGGUUUCCUUUUCAUUUGAUGUUGGAAAUGGGCCGGUGGAAAUCAUCGUUAGAUCUCCCAACCAGCUCAAUGAUGACCAGUGGCAUCGGGUCAACGCUGAGAGGAAUGUCAAACAGGCCAGCCUGCAGGUAGACCAGUUACCCCUGGAGGUCCGAAAAGCGCCAACAGAAGGACACACACGGCUGGAAUUGUACAGCCAGCUCUAUGUUGGUGCUGCAGGAGGCCAGCGAGGUUUCCUAGGUUGCAUUCGUUCAUUAAGGAUGAACGGGGUGACCCUAGACCUGGAAGACAGAGCGAAAGUCACGCCAGGGGUGAAGCCUGGCUGCUCAGGCCAUUGCACCAGCUAUGGGAUGUACUGUGCAAACGGUGGGAAAUGUGUGGAGAAAUACAAUGGCUACUCCUGUGACUGCUCCAGAACUGCCUAUGAUGGACCAUUUUGCAUUAAAGAUGUUGGAGCAUUUUUUGAAGAGGGAAUGUGGCUUCGUUACAACUUCCACUCCCCAGGGACUAGCAUGAAAGAUUUAGUUAGCCGAACACUUUUGAGUUCAACAGAUCCUGAGAUCACAGCACCUGACCUCAACUUGAAUAAAGAAGAGCUCAGCUUCAGCUUCAGUACCACCAAGUCCCCUUGCGUCUUAUUGUACAUCAGCUCCUACACCCAGGACUUCAUGGCUGUGCUUGUCAAGCCAUCUGGGAAUCUGCAAAUUCGGUACAACCUGGGAGGCACCAAAGAGCCAUAUAACAUUGAUGUUGACCACAGAAACAUGGCUAAUGGACAGCCCCAUACUGUGAACAUCACACGGAAUGGACGGGACAUAGUGCUGCAGCUUGAUCACUAUCCUCCAACAAGUUACAGCCUGCCAACAGCUUCUGACAUUCAGUUCAAUUCCCCAAAGGCACUAUUCCUAGGAAAAGUUAUAGAAAUUGGGAAGAUUGACCAAGAUAUAUAUAAAUACAACACCCCAGGAUUCACUGGCUGCCUAUCAAGAGUACAGUUCAACCAGAUUGCUCCACUCAAAGCAGCUCUGAGACCUACCAACACCUCCUCUCACGUCCACAUCCAAGGAGAACUGGUGGAAUCCAACUGCGGAGCGUCUCCACUCACCAUCCCGCCAAUGUCAGCUGCUACUGACCCGUGGCAUUUAGACUCAGCCAGUGCUGAUUUCCCAUACAACGGUCAAGCUAUAGGAGAUGGAGUUAACAGAAACUCUGCCAUUAUUGGAGGUGUCAUCGCAGUGGUGAUCUUCACCAUCCUCUGCACCUUGGUGUUCCUGAUCCGCUACAUGUUUCGCCACAAGGGAACCUACCACACCAACGAGGCCAAAGGGGCAGAGUCAGCCGAGAGCGCCGACGCUGCCAUCAUGAACAAUGACCCCAACUUCACGGAGACCAUUGAUGAGAGCAAGAAGGAGUGGCUUAUCUAA